AUGCCGUCACCAUCAUUCACCCUCGCCAACCACACUCCCCACCUGAUAAUACAACCUUCCGACGCUGCUCUCUCCCCACCUGAGAGCUACCUGUUCGUUCAGGAUGGUCUUAUAAUUAGCUGUGGGAUCCUCUACGCCUUCUGUUACAUAUUUUGCAUGAUUCGCACAUACAGUGACCGGACAUACCCGUCUGCGUCAGUCAAGGGGAUCCAAUUCAUGAGCCUAACACUUGCCUACGAACUUUUCUACGCGGUGAUGACUACAACUACCACCUUUGAGCUUCUUGCAUUUCUGGCAUGGUUUCUCCUUGACGUUGGUUUCGUCGCAGUGGCAAUAUGGCGAGCGCAUGAAAAGCGCGAACGGGCGUGGCUCGUACGGAGAAUAGUGGGCUUCGUACUAGCGGGCGUAGGCGUGCUGAAGGGAUUGACGAUGCUGUGGCCAGAUGAGAGGGAGCAGGUCACAGCGUACUGGACAGGGAUUCUGCUGCAGCUGCCGAUCGGAUGGAUCUGUUUAGCGACCCUGUGGAAGGAGUGGGAUACCAGAGGUCAUUCGUUGGAGAUCUGGCUCAUGCGAUACUUGGGCUGCUAUACAGCCUACGGGGUUUUCUUCUGGAGGUAUUGGAAUGUGCCACAAAACUGGGAAUAUGUGGCGUCGGUGUGGAGUACAGGGAUUAUUUUGUGGACACUGCUGCCUGAAACGGUCUAUCCAUUUGUAUAUGUCUGGGUGCAUCGCACAUCCAAAGUUAAGGGCGAGUAG